ACCCAGGACGCCAAGCCCGGACAGCCUUCCUGGGCCUCUAAUGGGGCCGGGCACACGGCAUGACUGAUUGUCCAAGAGACUGGUAGGAGGCAGAGAGGAGUCUCUGAGGAAAGGCCAGGGAGACUGGGGUUCGAGCCGGGCGCGGUGGGCAACCGGGGCAGACAUUCGGCUGCUUGAACAGAAUGCGGAGAGGCAAGAUGCGUCCCCCACCCCCCCGGAGGGUCCCCUCGUCCUCAUGCACUCUAGCCGUGUGGCCCUUUGGGUGCUUGAUGGGAGACCCCGUAUUUGCUCCUGCUCUCUCAGGUGCCCCCAACACUGCUUGGCAGGACCCUCUCCCCUGACAGUGAGCCCAGUGUCAUGUGGCUUCUCCAAGCCGCGGUUCAGGGGCCUGGACAGCGUUGAGCAUCAGGCCUCCUUGGCACGUCGAGCCCCUGCGUUCCAACUCCAGCCUCAGGCCGGCCCCGCAGGUGGCAUCCUGGGUCCCUCAGCACCUAGCUUAGUGUAGACGCUUCCAUCCUUGGCAGGACGUGUCCCCUGCACCCCCAGUCCCCCUGUUACUGGGGGGGUGACAGGAAAGACAUAAACAGAAGCACCUGACCAAGUCCUCAGCAGGUGGCGCGGGCUUGGGGUGCCCGGACAGGGAAGCCCGUUAAAAGGUCUGGGACCAUGGCCCAGUGCUUCUAUUUUUCCUGUCUCCAUAUCGGGAGGGGCUCUCUCUGAGCCUCCCUUCCGCCCACCCCAGGCCAGGGACGGGACUGUAGGAGAUCCCAGUGGACACAAAGGUCAAGGGCUGGAGGACGCGGCGUCACCAAGUUCCAGGAAGUGUGUGUGUGUGUGGGAAGCGGCAUUUGUUAAACACCUCCUGUGUGCCCAGCACUUUACAGCCAUGGCCCUCAUGACAACCCUGGGAGGUGGGAGCCAUUCACAGCCCCGUUUCCCAGCUGAGGAAGCUGGGGGAUGCCCAGGGAAGGAUGGGGGAGGCGCCCUCGGCCGCCUCUGAUGAAACUGCUGGGAAAUGACCAGCUUCUGUCAGUGAGUGGAAGAAAGAGUGAAAACCACCCACUGUGUGCUGACCCUUUUUGCCUCAAUUUCCUCAGCACCCUCCUUACGGAGGCUAUUGGGAGGGUCAAACAGGAAAGUCUGUAAAGUGCUUAGCUUAGUAGGUGCUUCAGAAGUGUUUAUUCCCUCCCCUUCAGCCACCACCAUCUUCUCAAAGAAAGCAGAAGCACACACACGGGCCAAUUGACAUUAGGCACUAUGCGCCAGGCCCUGGGAGAGAUUUCGCACCAGGAGGAUGGUCCUGCUGUCCGACUUCGGUCCUGGGUCCUCCUGAAGGCCCCCCUGCCUCGCUGGGCCCUUGUGCUCUGGCUGCCAUCUUGGAUAUCCAUCCAAGCUUUAAGAGAACAUCUCUGCUUCAAUCCCCUUGUUCCCAGAGAUCCCCCCACCAGAGGCCCCCAGACAAAGGAGGGAGUGAGAGGGACCAAGUCCUCCACACCCAGUGGGAUACCUCUGUGAGAGCACCUCUGUGGGAGCACCUAUGUGGGGACACUCUGUGAGAGCACCUCUGUGGGAGCAUCUCUGCAGGAGCACCUCUGUGGGGACACUCUGGGAGCACCUCUGCGGGGACACUCUGUGAGAGCACCUCUGUGGGAGCACCUCUGUGGGGACACUCUGUGGGAGCAUCUCUGUGGGGACACUCUGUGAGAGCACCUCUGUGGGAGCACCUCUGCAGGAGCACCUCUGUGGGGACACUCUGUGAGAGCACCUCUGUGGGAGCAUCUCUGCAGGAGCACCUCUGUGGGGACACUCUGGGAGCACCUCUGCGGGGACACUCUGUGAGAGCACCUCUGUGGGAGCACCUCUGCAGGAGCACCUCUGUGGGGACACUGUGAGAGCACCUCUGUGGGAGCACCUCUGUGGGGACACUCUGUGGGAGCACCUCUGUGGGAGCACCUCUGUGGGGACACUCUGUGGGAGCACCUCUGUGGGGACACUCUGUGGGAGCACCUCUGUGGGAGUACCUCUGUGGCGCUCCUCUGUGGGAGCAUCUCUGCAGGGACAAGGCGGAGCUGGGCUUCCCGGCUCCCCUGGUGCCAGGCUCGCAUAAGUCCAAGGCGGGCAGGGUUUGGGCGCUUUCAUCCCCGUUCUCUGAGAGCCUACUGUGUGCUGGGGACUCGGGCCUGGCCCGGGCCCCGGUUUGCCGUGUGCGCCCCCUCGCAGUCGGUUUCUGUUGCUGACGCCGCGCCCUCCAGCCCUUGUCCUUCCGGUCCCCGGGAUCUCCCUUAGUCCGGUCCCCGGCCCGGGGUGGGGGGAAGGGAGGCUCGGCCCCUCCCGAGAGCCCGGCAUCCCCAUUGUACAGAUGAGGGAGAUGAGGCAGCCAGAGCUGAACGGUUCUGACUAAAGGAUCGGAGGCUGAACUUGAACCCUGGGCCAGGCGGGGAUUCCUGGGGAACGCCCCAGGGGGGCCGAGUGUGAGGGGGGGAGGGGGGAGGCCCUGGGGGAGGGAGCGUCUGGCCGGAGCUCUGGGCCCCUGGGAUGGGCCGCUGGGGCCUCCAGGGUGACGGCCCCGCCCUUCUGCUCUCCUCCCCCAGGCAACGAGGGAGGAAUGACGUCAGGGCCGGCCCGGCUCCGGGUGAGUCACCUCCUCCCCUCCCCCCAGAGUCUGGUCCCGGGGGGCGGAGCCCCAGAGCCUGGGGGCGUGGCUCCUCGGAGUUGGGGCUCCCUGGGCCUUUUCAAGCCCCUGCCCCCUGAUGCUUGUGGGGCCCCUUGGGGAGAGCCUGCGGGCGAGGCUGGGCCCACACAAGGCCCGGGGUAAGCAGCCAGCAUUUAUUAAGCCCCUACUGCAUGCAGACACGUGCUAAGCACCCUCCCAAGCCGUCCAGCCCCUCCCCCCCAGGCACGGGGCCCCCCAGACAAAGCGCCUCGUUCCUGGCGGGCCGCUGCGCCAGCCCUUCAGAGGCCGGGACACGCCCCCAGGCUUCACCUUCCCCGUUGGGGGCAGCCCCCGCGGGGAGUCUGCCCCCUUCCCCCUGGGUCCGGCCGCGCUUUCGCCUUGCUCCCCGCCAGCCUGGGGGACCAGGGGGGUGACCUGUCGGCCCCCUCCCGGCCACGGGCCCGUGUGGAGGCUUUGAGCCUUCAGGUCCUUCUCUGAGAGUUGGGGCGCGCACUCACCCGCGGGAGGGGCUCCGGGCGCACCCCUGGCCAGGCCUGGUCCCCGCCCUGCGCCACCUGCCCGGGGGCGUCCAAGCGGCUUUUGUGCGCACUGGGGGGGGGCAGGCCUCUGUCCCCACCCCCUCCCUCAUCUCCACUCUUGCCUGGCCCCCCCGUCCCCCUCGGGGCUCCCUCUGGCGCCGGCCGCUUGCCCCCCCGCUCUGCGGUUGUGGCCUGGCUCUGCCCGGGGCCUCCGCCAAGCCCCCUCCCGUGGGGGCCCCGGGACCCCGCUGACUUUUCCCGUUGGGGCUGGUGCCUCCUGGCGGGAUCAGGCCUUCCCCAGAGUCCAGCCUCGGGCGAGGCUCCUGCCUGGCCCCUCAGUGCCCACGCCUGACCCCGAAGCCCCUCCGGCCCGAGCGCUGUAGCCUCCCCUUUCCCCCCUUGGCCAGAGGAGAGCGACCUCCCCUGCUUGGCUCACCAGGGACCGGAACCUCAGGAGAACCGGGCCCCCAGACCCAGGGGGCCUGAAACACGGUGCAGACAGCCGGGCCCAGAACACCCUGGGGCUGGAGGGGCAAAGGCUCGGCUGGGGCUGAGCAGGACGGGCCCUGCCCCACCCCCCAGGCUCCAAAGGACACAGGCCCUCUCCCUCCUCCCUCCCCCUCCCUCUCUCAGGGCUCCCUUCCCCACUCGGUCCCACCACCCUCCUCUGGCUCACCCCGGGGAAGCCCCGGUACCAGAGGGCACAGGUCGGCCCCCACAGAAAGGCAGGAGGUGACCGCCGGCCAUGAGGGCUGGGGUGCCUGGGAAGGGCAGCCUGGAGGGGCCCGUGCCCUCAUCUCCCCGAUGAGACAUGUGGGACCCAAGAGGGGGUCUCCCCGUGCCAGUGCUAGGCCUGGAGCCCCGGGCACCAGCUCCCGAGACCCACGUCUGCACCCAGCCCAGGUGGAGGGAGUCUAGGGGAGGCUCCUCAUCUCCCGAGGGACUCAAGGUGGGAGAAGGGAGAGAUGGGGCGGCCCAUGCCCCGGCCAGCCCGAGCUUUGCCCCCACAAAGGGGAUCGCCGCCGCUCGCCUUAGCCAGCACUCUCGGCUUUUGGGACCCCUCCCAGCCCCGGGCCCCCGAGCAGGGCUGUGCUCCAUGUUUCAGCCCCCCCAUGACCUUCGGCGACGUGGCCGUGGCCUUCUCCCGGGAGGAGUGGCGGCGCCUGAGCCCGGCCCAGAGGGCCCUGUACAGGGACGUGAUGCUGGAGACCUACGAGAACCUGGUGUCCGUGGGAGCAGGGCUUCCGCCAUCCAAGCCUGAGGUGAUCUCCCAGCUGGAGAGGGGAGCUGCACCAUGGAGGCCCAAGGCGGGCGUCCCCAGCCCCUCUGGUGCAGAUUCCCUCCAUCAGGAGCCUUGGGAUGAAGCCACAGACUUGACUGUGACACAGAGUAUCUUCCUGGGCAUGGCUGCCAAGGAGAAAGAUCCAAAGCACAAUCCCUGGUACCCCAGCAGAGGAGAGUGUGGAGAAUGGGAGAUCGAGGCAGGGACACAGGAGGGCAGCCAGGAAGCACAGGCUCCUGAGGCCCUAGGCCCUCUGCAGAACACUUUUAGUGAGAUUAUGUUCCCUAAAAUAUCUAAACGACAAAGUGAUCUACUGAUUUUUUUUAAUGUGAAGAAGGUGAAGACAGACACAGAAAAUGAUCAUAGGAAUGAGGAUCAUUAUGAAGUGCUGGAACCAGUCGAACCCAAUUUUGAAUCUCUUGAACAACUAGUCAUUGAAGAGCAAUCAUCAUGUUCCCAAAAGGAAAAAAUAGAUAAUCUUAUUCUCCCAGAUUGUUGGAACAAAAAACAAGCAUUUCUGUUUACAGAACAGUACAAAUGGCUUGAAAUAAAAGAGGGGAAAUUAGGCUGUAAGGAUUGUUCAACAGUUCGGCAUUUAGGAGUGACAGCAGAAAAGCACAUCCAUGUGUCCAAGGAAUGGAGUGCAUAUUUAAUAACUCCAAAUGGCAGUAAUAAAAUUACAAGGCAAGCUUCUCUGAGAAAAAAAAUUAGGGAACAUGAUGUUUCUAAAGCUCAUAGUAAAAUUCAGGAUUUGUUAAAAGAAUCGGCAAAUGACUCAAUUUCAAAUAUAAUACAUAGACUAAAUAAUAAAAAUAUUGAUGCUACUGUAAGAGUUUUCAAAACAGUUUACAGUUUAAUCAAAUGUAAUAGGCCUUUAUCUGAUAUUGAGAGGGCAAUAGAAUUACAAGAGAAAAAUGGAAUAGAUAUAGGCAAUUGUUUGCGGACACGAUAUAGUGCAACAAGAAUAGCAGAACACAUUGCAAAAGAAAUCAAGAUGAAGAUAUUUAAGAAUAUCAUAGAAGAGAAUGCCAAAAUCUGCAUCAUCAUUGACGAGAUAUCGACAGUUUCAAAGAAGAGCACCCUAGUGAUUUAUCUUCAGUGUGCGGUUCAGUCCACACCUGCCCCCAUCAUGUUAUUUGUUGCUUUAAAAGAAUUGGUGUGGACCACAACAGAGUGCAUCUUCAAUAUGUUGUUGUCUACGUUAGACAAUUACGGCUUCAAUAAUGAAUAUUUGAAAGCAAACUUAGUUGCGUUUUGUUCUGAUGGGGCUAAUAAAAUUCUGGGAAGAAAGUCUGGAGUAGCUACAAAGCUGUUAGAAAAUUUUCCUAAAAUCAUCUUUUGGCCCUGCUUAAAUCACCGACUACAGUUAUCGCUUGAUGAUUCAAUAUCUGAAAUAAAACAAGUUAAUUAUUUUAAAAUAUUUCUGGAUAAAAUGUAUUCUAUUUAUCACCAAUCUAAUAAAAAUCAAACUGAGCUAGAAACUGUAGCUAAAGAACUUGAAACUGAAAUUAUUCAAAUUGGUCAAGUUUUGGGUCCAAGAUGGGCUGCAUGUAGUUUACGAGUUGCCACUGCUGUAUGGCAUGCAUAUCCUACAUUAUAUAUGCAUUUUUCUCAUUCUUCUUCUUCUUACUCUGGUUUGGCAAAGAGAUUGGCUGACAUUAAUUUCUUGCAAGACCUUGCUCUAAUGAUUGACAUUCUUGAAGAACUUUCAUUGCUUUCAGUUGCAUUGCAUUUGCAGUCAAGAUCGACCAACAUUCAGAAGGCACAAAAAUUAAUCAAAUGCACCAUAAGAGCUUUGGAAAGAUUGAAGACUAGUACUGGAAAGCAUGAAUCUCAAGUUGAAGAUUUAAUGAAGUCGGACAAGUUUAAAGAUAUUCCAUUUGGUAAACAUAACACAUUUAAUGCUCUUCCUAGGAAUAUGCUUCUAGAAAAUAUAAUUCAACACAUGAACUUACGUCUCUUAUCUGAUAGAAGUGAUGAAGCUACUUUUCAUUAUCUUGAUUUAUUAGAGCCAUCUCCUUGGCCUUUUGAAGAACUAACUUCACCAUGGAGAACUGGUGAAAAAAAUGUACAUCACUUAAAUGAAAUUUUAAAACAUGAAAUUGAUUUAAAUAAUUUUCAUGAUUUUGUGGAUAAUAAUAUAGAAGCAAACAAUGUUCCAAUACCUGUAACCAUACAGAAAGCUAAAAAGAUUGUAAGUACUAUUGCCAUCAGUACAGCUGAAACUGAAAGAGGUUUCCGUUUAAUGAAUAUAAUUUGUACGAGGGUGAGAAAUAGUCUAACAGUAAAUUAUGUAUCUGAUUUAGUGACAAUAAAUUUAUUAGGAAAAGAAUUAGCAGAUUGGGAUGCAACUCCAUUUGUCAAAUCAUGGUUAAAUUGCAACCAUAGGCUGGCUACGGAUACAAGAGUUCGGCAAAAGUCAUCAAGAACAUUUUGUAAAAAUCCAUUGGCUCCAUGGAAUUUACAAUAAAGAAUAUUGUAUAUUUCAGCAAGAAUUGUAAAUUGUGUG